UCGAUGGGCGCUCGUAUCUUGAGGUAGUCCCCCAUCCACUUCUGCUUUUAUCAUUCAGAUCGGCUGAAGAAGGAAUUCAGUCCAGUCUGCUCUGGAUCGCUCCUCAGAUAGGCCACCUAAUUUUCCUCGAGGCUGCGAACCGGCGGAUUGUCGGCGAAAAACAAUAGCUGCACCUAACUACAAUAGAGCUCCUCCUCAAUUAUUCUAUUUUUUGUAUUUGAAGCUGGAAACCUAUCGUCGUCAUUGUCAAUUAACCAGAGAACUCAUCCCAAUCUACUGGUUCUGUCUCCCGCUCACCUUUCUCGCUACGUAAUAGACGGGUCUCCUUAUUAGACCAUAAUCGACAUCACCUCACGUAAAUAAAAGGUAACCUAAAUUUUUGACACUCGGAGUGUUUUGUUUGAUGCUUUUUUCUACAAUCCGCGGAAAGUAAUAACGUUGAUUUUCCCCUCCAUUGUUUAGUUAAACGUUUGAUGUAAACAGGCGAUUUGUAAGCGGCCACGCACAAAAUACGUUACGUUACAUACGCAAAUAGUUGGCGCGUGAUCGGGUUCACAGAGGUGUGUGUAUUGGACAUUAGCUAGAUACAGAUGGCGGUUUACAAGUUUCAGGCAUGUCUGUUUGCCAUACUGGUGUAUUUGUGUGGAGCCGAAUCCAUCUUCAGGAUCAUCUACCCGAGUCCUUGGGCUCCGAUGGUAUCAAACUCCAUCACAUAUCGAAGUGAGGACCCAACUAACUUGGAUAACAUGCAAGUUGCACAGUUCCACUCCCAGGAUGCUGCUGGUCGAUAUGUAUUUGGUUUCAAUACACCAGAUCAAGUGAGAGUCGAAGCACGAAGUCGAGAUGGUAAAGUGAGAGGCUCCUAUUCUUAUGUCGACCCAUUGGGACGUACUGUCAAGAUGGAAUACUGGGACAAUGGGAACGGAUUCCACAUGGCAGCCAGCCCAAAGAGCGAGUUCAACCCGUACACACCAGAGGUGCAGGCUGCCAGAGAUCUGCACUUCCGCCUCUACAAGCAGGCCGCCCAGGCAGCUGCCCACAUUCAGGCCGACACCUUAUCUGAUGCCUUCAAGGGACACGAUGACAGAGACUCCAUGAACUUCAACAACUUCGAUGAUGGUAAAUACCAGAGCAGCCUAGCUCAUGACGAUGGAAAGUACCAUGGCAGUCCCGCUGAUGACGGUAAAUACCAGAGCAGCCUUGAAGAUGAGGGCAAAUACCACAGUAGUCUUGAAGACGAAGGCAAGUACCAUAGCAGCAUGGAAGGUGAUGGUAAAUACCAUGGCAAUGGUGAGGAAGAAGGCAAGUACCAUAGUAGCUAUGAACACACAGAGAGCGCAGAUGGACAAUACUUAUCGGUUCCUUCAAGGAAUCCUCAUGAUGAUAACGAACAGUAUCCGUAUGUUUACAAUGAAUCACCAACUUCACCAACAAAACAUUCAGAGAUGACUUCUGAUGGUGGAUACAAGUAUGAAGGUGGAGAUGGUGGAAAGUACUAUGAUACGCCAAGUGAGAUGCCUGAUAAUGACGACAGGGACUCUGUGGUGGUGAACAGUGCAGAGUACCAGGACAGUUUGAGUAGAUCUGGGAAAAGUUCAGUACGAGCUUCAACAAAAAGUGGAACCGGAGAACAAAGUGAGAACUCUGAAUCGCCCAAAGAUCAACAACAAGUGCCGGUUCAGGUGGUGCCUGAAGUGACAGCAACCCUUGUGGAGAGCUCGGUUGGCGACAAUGGCUUCUUCUACCAGUUCCAGCACCCUGUAAUCCCUCAGCUGCAACCGUACACAGCUCUCAACAGCCCUCCAGAGUCUCUGCAUGCUUCCAUCCAUGGUGCGAUCCCCAUCGAUGCAGUGCACGACAGUCAGGUGUCACCGGCUCAGAUCUCUCAAGUGCAGAACCAUCAGCUCAAGCCUCUCUUCAUGAUCAUGCCAAGUAAAAUUCCUGUUGUUGUUUAGUUGCAACACAAAUUGAUAAAAACGCAGAUUUCUACUGUUGCAUAAGAGCAUUGAAUAAAUAUGAGAGUUCAGUUCGAGUGCCUUGAAAGACUGAAUAUAAAAUGUAAGAUUUUCUAUCAUCAAUUCUCAGUGGAUCCAAUAAUUGAUGGUGUACUAUUUUGAAAUCAUCUGCGCAUAUUCAUUCAAUAGUAUUUAUGUAAUUUCUAAUAGUGUACUAGUUGAGUGUUUGUUGUAGGGAAUACUUGAGUAAAAGUGAGGUAUGUAAUGUUUGAGGGUACUUAUGCCUCGAAUUUGUGCCGUUUCUAAACUAACAAAGAAGCUAAUAUAUCCGUGAUGGAUGUGGAGAAAUAAUUGUUUUAAUACCUUCUUAUUCACUGUUCAAACAAUAAGUACAUACCUAGGCCUAUUUAAUCAUUAUAUAAUCAAUAACGUAUUUAUAUUUUUUUGGUUAUCAUGAACAUGGAAUCGAAAAAUGAAUUUACAACUACUACAGCUUCAUAAUAUUAUUAGUACAAGGUAGCUCAAGGUUUUGAAGUAUUGGCCUAGUUGAUUCUGGAGUAUUGCAGUUAAAAAUUUAGAAGUACCGUACUUUAGUUUAUAAGGAGGUUAUUAAGAGUAGGUAUUGAUUUUUAGAACAUCAAUCGUAGUUGGUUGCUUCAUAUGCUCCAGUUACAGUGAGAGAAAAACUAGCAAUAUGCAAGAGAGAAGUAUUUCUAUUAGAAAAUGAAAUGUACAUCGAUUUUUUCCAGUAAGUCGGUGAUCUUAAUUAUUAUGAUCUUAUUUUUUAAUUAUUGACCUGCAUUUUUUAAAAACAUCGAAUUUUGUAUUUUAAGAGAAUAUGUGGAUGAUAUAUGAAUGACUAUAGUUUUGCUCCAAUGUUGCCAAUAAUAAUUAAGCUGCAAUAAUAAUAAUUGAUAGAAUGUUUUAAGGGAAUGCAGUAGAGAUAGAAUGUUUUUAUCAUAGUCCUUAAUCAAUGGAUCAAUGGAUGAAAAUAAUGAGCUCAUUUCAAAAUAUUCAUUCAAUAUAGACUCCACUGGUAUCCAUUGCAAUACUAAGGCACUGAGGCUUUACCUGAAAAUAGAAUUGAAUUCUGGGUUUGAUUUACCGUACUAUUUAUUUUUAAAUAUUUUAGUGGCUCUUACAAUAAAAUCCAAUCUUUAUACUUUUUGUAAUAAUGUCCUCUCAAAUUAAUUUUGAAUUAUUUUCUGUGUCAAUAGUCAGAUUACUUUGCGUUCUAUAGUAUUUUAGUAGGCAUUAUAUUAUAACUGGUACAAGUUGUUAAAUAGCUAGAAUAUAGCAGUCAUGUUUUGUAGAUUUAUUGCUAAUCUGGUAGGCCUACUACUGACUGUUCAUUACUAAGCUAUCUUUUGUGCUUCGGCAUAGUUGAUAUUUUCUUUGAAAUUGUGAUUGCUUAGUGUGAGAACUUAGUCUCUCCACCUUUUUUUCUUUUAUUAGCCGAGAAACUAAAUUUGUUUCACAAAUCUUCUUUUUACUAUAUUAUUGGUUGAAAACGUUUUGUUGAACGUUGAUAAAUGUUUCCAAAUCAAUAAUAAUUCUCAAAAUGCAUUGCUUAAUGUUUGUAUGUUCUAGGUACUUCAACAAACAUUCAUUAUAUGAAUGCAAUCUAGUGCAUGUCCUUUGGAAUUCCCAAUCAAUAAUUAAAACAGGCAUAGAAAUUAGUUUAUGCUAAGAAGUAAAGCUCUCUUGUCACAUAAACGUUUGUUCUUCAACACGUCAAUUGGAAGAAUGUUCUUGGAAAUGAAUAAAAUUUUAAUCUUUAAAAGAAUGAUUCUGGUUAAAAGUUGAAGCACAAUAAUAAAUUGUUUAUAAGUUUAAUAUCGUGUCAAUGAAAAGAAUAUUCUUGAAAUUUGCUCAUUUGAUAGAAUCCAGAUUCAAGUCUAAUAUUUUGUAGUUUUAGUUCUAGAUUAUACGAUUUUCUUAGAUCCAUAUAGAUGAGAAUGUAAUUCUUAUACUUCUAGAUGAAGUUAAAUUCUCAAUAAAAAUUUUCAGUGUG